AUGUUCCGCACUGCGCCUCGUAUGGCUGGAUUCGUGUUCCGCGAGAAUCGUGUCCCUUACUACCAGCGUCUUUUCCAGAACCACGACGGCAAGCGUCAAUGGUGGAAGACCGCCGGUAGCGGCAAGGUCAUGUACCCCUACCUCUUUACCGUCUACGGCCUCGGUGCUGCUACCACCUACGGCAUGUGCCGCAUGGUUCUUGGCUACAAGACCUGGUGGUAG